AGCCAAAAAAAGGGCAAGCCAGGAGAACGGAAAUUAGCAGACGCUGCCACCCUAAAGAAGUUUUUGAAGCGAUAUGAGAGUCACUGCUCACAGACCCAGUCCCUGGCCAGUUCAACGAUCACACGGGCCCUUAAAGAAUGCAUCCAGAAUGGGAGCCGUUAUGUAAAGAUCGUACUGUCACGUCCAGAAAAUCUCCCAGAACAUUCCCCUCCUGUCCUCUUGCAGCCGUUGCUGAUGUCAAUAAGGGAUGAGCGUUAUAUGCUGGGAACGGACCUCUGUGUGUGGGGGAUCCCCCUCACUAAUCAGGAUACCGCUAGCCUUGCGAUAUUACUGGAGCUGAGUGGCAGAACUUCCUAUCCGUUUUGCAAACUGGAAGCCAUAGACUGCAGAAUGGAUGCGUGGUCAGUGGAACGGCUGGGGAAAGCCAUCAGACUCAGCCAGUUGACUUCUAUUUGUUUGGAUUACAAUGACUUGAAAGACAGAGGGAUCCAAGGACUUGUUCAGGGUCUUCAAGGAAACAAGAGGCUUACGUGUCUGAGUCUGUGUUACUGUAACCUGGGACCCGACAGCGGCGGGCUGCUGGGGAAAGUUUUAGAGGGGACCGCUGUCAGCGAGUUGUACCUGGAUGGAAACGACUUGCAAUGCUCUGGGGCUGUGGAUCUCAUUACCGCCAUUGCAGAACAUGCCCAGAGCUUGUCUUCAGAGGAGGCCAACGUGAUGGGAACUAAACUGGCGCAUCAGAUACUGGAAGCAGAUCAAAGUGUCGGAAUUUACACGGUGGUCUCGGGACAACAAGCAAAUACAGAAGACCCUGAGAAUACAACCAAAAAAAUCACCACGAAAAAGAAACCGAAAAGGAAAGGGUCAAAGAAGAAGCGCACAUCUGUUCCAGAGCCAGGGCCGUGGGUGAGCAAGUUACACCUAGCAGAUAAUGGGAUUGAUUCAAGGGGAACAGAAGGAGAAAUUGGGGUGCUGGAAUUUGUCCAAUUACUGGGCUGUCUUAUCCGCUAUUCCAAGCAGCUCUCUGAACUCAACCUAGAUGACAACUGCCUGGGAGAGCUUCCAGCCAGCGAUCUCCUGGAAGCAUUGACUGAAAGAAAUAAAGGUAAACUUCCCCGCUUGAAAAUUAAAAUCACAACCCAGCUUCCUUCAGCUACAUUUAAAGCCAUCCUAAAACAGAGCGGAAAACUGAAAGUCUCCAAAAAGAAAAGAAAAAAGAAGAAACAUUAAGGAACGGUUAACGAGCAAGACAUGGAUCGGUAAACAAAGAAGAAUGAUCUCCCUGAAUGACCUCACAUUUUGAGACCUUCUGAUAUCUGUCCAGACAGUAUUGAUUUUACUAAGAAACAUGGUUUCCCAAUGACUCUUGUUUAUAAGGCUGCCAGAACCAGCUUUUUCCAAAGACAAUAAAAGUAAAUCCUGCAGCAUGUAGUUAAGAUGAUUACUUUUAGUGUCAUACAG